UGGUCUGUCCUCAGUAGCGGGGAGGGUCAUAGUGUUCUGCCACCAAACAGGUCUGUGCCAUUUUGAACCGGGGUGUCCGAUCUUCUAAUAACAUCCAUAGAUUGCUUGAUAAAUAAACGUAAAGGACAACUCAGGAGAUCUCGUACCACUCAGGACAGUUCAACAGCAGGUACAACGUGGAUCAGCCCACCAGAGGCCACGUAUCUUGAUUAUGAUGCAUGAUUACCACAGAAGAAAUUCAUGUCUAUAGCUUUUAAGGACUUGACUACAUCAUUUUCAAGCCUGAUUAUUUUGAAAUCACCAUUAGAGUUUAAGACACCUCUGCCUUCACUUCAACCACCUGUCUUCAUACCUUGAUGAAGUGCUGAGUGUUGACACUCUUUUUGUCUUUGGAUUAUUUAAGAAGUCCCAGUACUAUUUUUCACCAGUAUACCAAAUUUAUAAGGAAAAAAAAUGAUUCCCAAUGGAUAUUUAAUGUUUGAAGAUGAAAAUUUUAUUGAAUCUUCUGUUGCCAAAUUAAAUGCCUUGAGGAAAAGUGGCCAGUUUUGUGAUGUUCGACUUCAGGUCUGUGGCCACGAGAUGUUAGCACACAGAGCGGUCCUGGCUUGCUGCAGUCCCUAUUUAUUUGAAAUUUUUAAUAGCGACAGCGAUCCUCAUAGAGUUUCUCAUGUUAAAUUUGAUGAUCUUAAUCCAGAAGCCGUGGAAGUCUUGUUGAAUUAUGCCUACACUGCUCAGUUGAAAGCUGAUAAGGAGUUAGUGAAAGAUGUUUAUUCUGCAGCAAAAAAACUGAAGAUGGAUCGAGUGAAGCAGGUUUGUGGUGAUUAUUUAUUAUCUAGAAUGGAUGUUACCAGCUGCAUCUCUUACCGAAAUUUUGCAAGUUGUAUGGGAGACUCCCGCCUGCUAAAUAAGGUUGAUGCUUAUAUUCAGGAGCAUUUGUUACAAAUUUCAGAAGAGGAAGAGUUUCUUAAACUUCCAAGGCUUAAGUUGGAGGUCCUGCUUGAAGAUAAUGUCUGCUUACCCAGCAAUGGCAAAGUGUACACAAAGGUAAUCGACUGGGUGCAGCGGAGCAUCUGGGAGAACGGCGGCAGUCUGGAAGAGUUGAUGGAAGAGGUUCAAACCUUGUACUACUCAGCUGAUCACAAGCUUCUUGAUGGGAACCUUCUAGAUGGACAGGCUGAGGUGUUUGGCAGUGAUGAUGACCACAUUCAGUUUGUGCAGAAAAAGCCACCACGUGAAAAUGGCCAUAAGCAGAUAAGUAGCAGUUCCAUUGGAUGUAUCUCUUCUCCAAAUGCUCCUGUACAAAGCCCUAAGCAUGAGUGGAAAAUCGUUGCUUCAGAAAAGACUUCAAAUAACACAUAUUUGUGCCUGGCUGUGCUGGAUGGUAUAUUCUGUGUCAUUUUCCUACAUGGGCGUAAUAGCCCACAGAACUCACCAACAAGUACUCCAAAACUCACUAAAAGUUUAAGCUUUGAGAUGCAACCUGAUGAGCUAAUAGAAAAGCCCAUGUCUCCCAUGCAGUACGCACGGUCUGGUCUGGGGACAGCAGAGAUGAACGGCAAGCUCAUAGCUGCAGGUGGUUAUAACAGAGAAGAAUGCCUUCGGACAGUUGAAUGUUAUGAUCCACAUACAGAUCAGUGGUCUUUUCUUGCUCCCAUGAGAACACCCCGGGCCCGAUUUCAGAUGGCUGUGCUCAUGGGCCAACUUUAUGUGGUAGGUGGGUCCAAUGGCCACUCAGAUGACCUGAGUUGUGGAGAAAUGUACGAUCCAAACAUAGAUGACUGGAUACCUAUUCCAGAAUUGAGAACAAACCGUUGUAAUGCAGGGGUGUGUGCACUGGAUGGAAAAUUAUACAUAGUUGGUGGUUCUGAUCCAUAUGGUCAAAAAGGACUGAAAAAUUGUGAUGUAUUUGAUCCUAUAACAAAGUCCUGGACAAGCUGUGCUCCCCUUAACAUACGUAGACACCAGUCUGCAGUCUGCGAGCUUGGUGGUUAUUUGUACAUAAUUGGAGGUGCAGAGUCUUGGAAUUGUCUGAAUACUGUAGAACGUUACAAUCCUGAAAAUAACACCUGGACUUUAAUUGCACCCAUGAAUGUGGCAAGACGAGGAGCUGGAGUGGCUGUUCUCAAUGGAAAAUUGUUUGUAGGUGGUGGCUUUGAUGGUUCGCAUGCCAUCAGCUGUGUGGAGAUGUAUGAUCCAACCAGAAAUGAAUGGAAGAUGAUGGGAAACAUGAGCUCACCAAGGAGUAAUGCUGGGAUUGCAACCGUAGGCAACACCAUCUAUGCAGUGGGAGGCUUUGAUGGCAAUGAGUUUCUGAACACAGUGGAAGUCUAUAACCCCGAGUCUAAUGAGUGGAGCCCCUACACAAAGAUUUUUCAGUUCUAACAAAUUUAAGACCCUUUCAAACUAACAGGCUUAGUGAUGUAAUUGUGUUUCAGUAGAGGUACAUUUGUGAAUAAAGGGGGUGGGUGGGAAUAGAUGUUGUUAACAGCAACACAGAGCUUUUGCAUAUUGCAUAUUAUUAAACAUGCUGUACAUAUUUUUUUUUUUCGUCUUAUCUGGAAAGGAAUGCAAAGAUGAAGGUCUGUUUUGUGUAUUUUUAGGACUACUUUGGUUAUUUUACAUUUUGGAAGUUGAUACUGUAAAAGAAUAAACUAAGAACUGAUUGGGCAUGUCA